CUCAUUCCGGCUGCAGGCUCCCCCGCUUCCUCACGCUCAGUGCGCUCGCCCGCCCCUCAGCCGGCGCGGCGGGGCGCUGCGCUGCGCUGCCCGCGAUGGUGCUGGCGGAGGCGCUGGGCGCCGGCGCGGCGCGGCUGCUCUUCUACCCGACGCUGCUGUACACGGCGGCGCGGGCGCAGCUGCCCGGGUCCCGCCGGCCCUGGUUCCACCGCAUCGACGGCGCCGUGCUGCUGGGGGCGCUGCCGCUGCGGGGACGCAGCCGCAGGCUGGUGGCCGAGGAGAACGUGCGCGCCGUAGUCACCCUCAAUGAGGAGUACGAGACCCGCUUCCUCUGCUGCUCCGCACAGGAAUGGGAGGCAAUGGGAGUGGAGCAACUGCGUCUCAGCACCGUGGAUCUAACUGGCGUCCCCACCUUGGAAAACCUCCACAAGGGUGUUGAAUUCAUUCUGAAACACCGAGCGUGUGGUCACAGUGUCUAUGUGCACUGCAAGGCGGGACGCUCCCGCAGUGCCACCAUGGUGGCAGCAUAUUUAAUUCAACUGCAUCACUGGAGCCCUCAGGAAGCAGUAGAGGCUAUUGCCAAGAUCCGUCCCCACAUCCUCAUUCGGCACAAGCAAGUCCAGGUCCUGGAGGCAUUUCACAGGAAUGUGAUUGCUGGGACAACUUCAUAGUGUCAGUAAGAUCUACCAAAAUCUCUGGUUUGAUUGCUUUAAAAGAAACUUACGUUUUAAUGAUUUAUGCAUUGAACUUCUUGACCACCAAUAAAGUUUUUACAUAUAUUACAGUAAAGUUUCAUGAAAGCCUUCUUUCCUUAUGGCAAAUACCUUCAUUCUCUUGGAGCCCCACAGUUCUCUCCCACACACAGUGUCAGUGCUGAGCUGACCUGCAAUCCACAGGAAGUUCUGUAUUUGCAGCAAAGGAAUAGGAAACUUUGUCUCAGCAGAGACUUUAUUCAGAUUCCUACCCAAAGGGUUACAGUGCCAACAGAGGGGUAUGAGGAAGUGGUCUUAAUUCUGUCUUUAAUCAACACUACAUUAUCAUUAGAGGUUGGGAUUCCCUGUACAAUAAAGGACACCAGUGAUCAUAAAAAACAUUUGUCUUUAUGCUAGGUGAUGACAGAGCAGUAAGCAAGUUACCAGUUUGUUACCACUCCUCUAGGAGAAGUGCUGAAUAAUGAAACCUACCUGGAGUCAGCUCUGGUAUCUGCUGUAAAUAUUUCUGCAGUCCCUCCUUCUGAAAUAGGGAGGAAUGCUUAAAUGGGGACAUCCCUGGAGGACACAGUGGGCGUCUGUGACUGACAUG